CACUGGCCUUCGGAGGGCGGGGUCGAGCGUCGAGCCGGGGAGACGCGGGAGAGAAAGAGGCGAGUCGCGGCCGGGAAGCUGAGCAGCUUCGGCCCGUCGUUCUGCCGGCCACCAUGUUCCAAGGGCCCGAGUCCGACACGGCCAGACCCAGCUCCAGGGUGCUGCAACCACCGGGUGGAACCUCCAGCAAUCUCUUUGGCAGUCCAGACGUGUCCGCCUCUUCCAAGUCACAGAAAAUGGCCUCCAACAUAUUUGCAGCAGCGGAAGAACCCUUGAAUUUCCCAAAGCGAACGAAUCCCCCAGGUGGGAAGGACAGUGGCAUUUUUGAGGAUCAUAAACCUAAUGAAUCCCGGCAAUUUAUAAAUCCACCUGGAGGAAAAACAAGCAACAUCUUUGGGACUCCGUCACCUGUCAGCACAGUCAAAGCACAUCCAAAUAAGCCCAAGGAUCACACCUUUCUCUUGAAUGAUAGAGGAGGUUCAGCACGGGAAAUAAAAGAAGACCAAAGGCCACCGGGAGAACUGCCGAAGGAGAAGAAGGACCUGCCGAAGGAGACCACCAAAGAACCAGGCCCCAAGAUAGAUGAUCACGAGCCCAGGCUGGGACCACGGCCGCGUUCUCAUAACAAAGUCCUCAACCCCCCGGGAGGCAAAUCUAGCAUUGCGUUCUAUUAGGGAAGACCACUUCCUCCUCAACCCCCUCCCCCAAUGUCUUAAGCUUUGAUUAUCAGAACCCAAAGGCUAAUUUUCUGGUGCUUGAAGGAGGGAGGCGCUUAGUAGUUUGGCUUAUUCAGACCAUGCUAGCAUUUGGCGUAAGCCAGGGGUGGUGAACCUGGGCUCUUUUAUGACUGGUGGACUUCAACUCCCAGAAUUCCUGAGCCAGCCAUGAUGAGAGGAAAGGGAGAGCUUUCCAAGCUGAGCUAUGCUGGCUCAGGAACUCUGGGAGUUGAAGUCCACGAGUUAUAAAAGAGCCAAGGUUCCCCACCCCUGGCGUAAGCCUUUCAGGUGUUCUCUUUGUAAGACAGGGAUGCUCCUUCCUUCCCUCUGCAUUCUGCACCCAGUUAAGGAAGGCUCCCUGUGAUGGCUUGCAGAGCACAUUCCAGUUAAGGUGCAAUACCAACUUUUUGAUCUGCCAGCUAGGCAAUACAGCCUUCAGGAGAUUUUGUCUGUCUGUAAAAAAAGAGGGAGGCUGCUUCAAUCUGCCUUGGAAAAGAGAGUUGAUUGUCAUUAUGCAAAAGAAAAAACAUCUUUGGUUCCCUUUAGCAACUUCUGUCUCCCCUUUGCCAGGUCUUUCCAUGUAGAAGCAGCACUGUCACCUUUAACUACAUCAGGUGGCGCUUAAGGGCACUGUUUUGUUUUUUGCAGUUCUUGGCCUCACCCCUUCUACUCCCUCUACCAACGGGGGGGGGAAUCAGACUGUGGGGGCCUACCAGUUCUUGUAGGGCAGGCAGUGACAAAAGAGGUGGGGCCUGAGUAACGAACAGUUACUUAACCAUGGGGGUCUCGUAACUCACAUAUUUGCCCUCCUGUGCUUUCCUGGAACAAUUUUUCAUCUUAUUACAUGUUCACCUAUUUUAUCUCCUGUUCAGCACCUCCUUCCCACCUGUACCCACUUCAAACAUCACAUAGUGCCAAUUCAUGUGGCCUCAUAGAUUCUGAACACCCGGGGGUCUCCAAGCUUGGCUACUUUAAGACUUGUGGACUUCUAACUCCCAGAAUUUCUCAGCCAGCCACGUUGCUUGAGGAAUUCUGGGAGAUGAAGCCCACAAAUUGCAAAGUAGCCAUGGUUUGAGAGCCCUGCUGAAACACCCAUUCCUCAAAUGGCCAGGGUGUUCUUCUAACAGUUAGAAAGCUUGAAAACCAAGUUAUUGAAACUGCUUUCUCGGAAGAAUAGAAAAGCUUUCAUCUUUUAAAAAAAAAAAAUCUGUAAGAGGUCACUUAUUCUUCAGUUCCUGGAAAGCAGGGAGCUUCCAGAUGUAUCAGCUGAACGCUAACAUCUCUGUGCCUUUUAACUUGCAGGAGAAUAUUUAAACACCCUUACAUUGCCUAUAUCCUUUAAACUGUGAAUGUCACCUUCCUGUGAAUUUUUAACCUAAUUCUUAAGAUGACCUAAGGAUGAUCUAAGGAGGCCUAUUUCUAACAGUAUCGUUGGGAAGGGGUCAACCCUAGUUCUUGCACAUACACUCACUUAUUCCAUUUUUAAACCUCAGCAGGAAGCAAGCGAGGACAACAUUCCCUUGUAGAGAGUAUGAUGUCUGGAUAACUGGAAUGUCAUUUAUUUAGUUUUAUUGACAACUAACGCUCUUAUAUCCCCAGAGCUGUCCUGCCCUAACAUUUCCUCCAAUCAUAUAGUCUCGUCCCUGUGAGCAUAUUUUUAAGUAUUAUGAGAAAACUGCAUAUUUUUGUAAUGUUUCAGUUACCUGUUUCACAUUGGAACAAAGAUGAGUUGACCCACCAUAAAGCAGCCCAGAUCCAUUCUUAACAUUCAAAUAACCUUGCUCUAUAAUUCAAAGGACCUUCAAAAGCAAGCAGAGCCACCUUAGAAUGGAUUUGUUAUCCUUGUUGACAAGAAGCUAUGAAAAAGACCAAUCCCAAAAUACAUUCCAGCAUUCAUUGUUGAAUCCCCAUAAAAAACAGGAUUGCGGGAAGGCAAAGAUAAGACGACAAAAUCAAAUACUAUCUCCCUUGUUUCUCCUUCCUUGUCUGUUUGGCUGAGGUAUUUUCAACCAUGUCCUACUGAUACCAUUUCUGCUUUUUUGCUAUGCAGAUGCAGCUCAGGGUAACAAAUCCCAAAGGGCAGCCAGUGACUUAUCCUAGAAGAUUGCCCAAGGUGUGUAUUAAAUGUAGUAUUUUGCAGGAGAGGAUAGAAGCAAGAGAGUGUUGCAAAUUAGUGAGAUAUGACUGCCAAGGAAAAGAGGAUCGAAGGAGCAGGGCGGCUGCUUCCGUGCUUGUUCCUAUUGUGAAAUUGUCUUUGGCAGAUUUAGAAACUUGGUUACAAUGCUUAUAUUGCAUAGAAUCAAGGAGAAAUGUUGUAGUGUUAUAGUCCUGCUACAUAUUAUAUUUAAUGGUUAGCUAACCUCUCCAGGCACAAGCUGGAGGUAAGGAGUAACCUAGCUGAUUAUUAGAGCUGAUUCAAGAACCCUGCUAGUCUCUUCACAUCACUGUUGCUUCCAGGAUGUUUAUAAUCUACAUUAUUUGGUGGCUGUCGUCUUGCACUGUUUCCCAGAAUUGCAGGGUGAGUUUGUGAAGAGACAAAAGGGAAAAGGUCUCCAUGUUUCUGGAUGAGGUCCUUCUAGACCAGGGGUGUCCAACCUUGGCAAUUCUUAAGACUUGUGGAUUUCAACUCCCAGCUGGCUGGGGAAUUCUGAUAGCUGAAGUCCACAAGUCUUAAACUGCCAAAGUUAGACGUCCCUGAUCUACAGUGUAGCAGGAUUGCUCAAUGUGGAAAUGGUCAGACCAUCGUAGUUUGCCUUUUCAGCUCCCAUUUUCUGUUGGAAUUCAUCAAGCACAUCAGAGAACCUCUGUAGAAUAGCUUGAUCCAUCCGCAAUAACACAACUUCUUUGCCAAGUAUUUUUGAGAUACUCUAUAGUACCAGAAGUUGAAAUGGUUUAGCAUUUUGAUAAACUAUGAACUAAGUAGUCAAGCCAUGCUUGAAUCUCAGCGCUGGUUUAAUAAUUCUUGCCAAGUUCUUCCAUACGGUUGGCUGUAGUAAAUACCAUCUCUUCAGUACUAGGGAGAUGGGAAAAAACGAACAGUGAAAUGCAGACACUGUGUAGCUUUGUAAUAAACCGAGCAAUAUGAAAACAAUCGGCCAACGCCAGCUUUGGAUGCCAUUUGCCUAGGUCGUUGCUGCACAUGGAUUACUUGGGAUUGCAAAAUUUCAAAGGGGUGUUUUCACCAGAGCUUCUUUCUCUAUUAGCCUUUUUUUUCCAGCUAAGCCUUAAGUUAUGAUUUAUCUUUGUGCCUAUCGUUGUUUUUUUUUUUUUUUUUAGGGGAGGCUGAGGGUUACACUGUGUAUCCAAAAAGGGUAUUUUUUUCUUUUUUUAAAAAAAGAAAACUACACCAGAAGUUAAUGAUAACUCAAAUGUGUUGAAUCAUGUGCUGUUUAAUAAACAACUGUAUUUUGUUAGUCUGUUACAGUAGAGCUGAUGGAUUCUACAAGUCUUUUUAUCCCAUUAUAAGUCUCAUGAGUUAUACAUGUACAAACUAAGAGUAUCUAAGCCAGGGGUAGGCAACCUCGGCUCUUUUAUGACUCAUGGACUUCAACUCCCAGAAUUCCUGGGAGCUGACUCAGGAAUUCUGGGAGUUGAAGUCCAUGAGUCAUAAAAGAGCCGAGGUUGCCUACCUGUGAUCUAAGUCCAAGUCUUGUACAAAAAAAAAAAAAUCAUUUCUUGCCAAGCAACUGGCAAUCCAGAAAUUUUACUGUAACCAAACUAGCAGUCUAUUACAUGAAUUGUAAAGAAUGCGAUUGUUGGGGGCAAAACAGAAACAAGAUUUAUAAAAUUCCUUUUAUUUGUGCUAAUAGACGUUGUGAGGUGGCACGAUCAUUUUAGCUAUGCCACCUUGACAUUCAUCCUUAAACUGACUGUUCAGUUUCCAUAGGCAAAUCCACUCAUUCCUAAGACGGUGAACGGGUUAAGGGUGCAAAACAGUUCCUUUUGUGAAAUCUGACAAUCUGUAGAGAGGAAGGAGAAUUACCCCAGUUCUUCCUGUUACAAAUAGAUAAUGUUUUUGUUCUGCUGAAAUGCCUUUAAGUCUUUCUUUGUAAUAGUGAUCAGGGAAGUAGUAUGAACCUGACUGAAUCCAUUGCUGAGCCAUUGGUUCUCGUGUAAGUCAAGGCUGGCUGGUAUAUCUGCAUUUUUUAAAAAAAAAAUUCAAUCCCUUUGUAACAUUACCACUAUUCCUUUUUCCCAGUGUCCAAAUGUGAAGAGUGUUGCUAUUAGACAAAUCAAGUUGUGUCCAUUGUUCUUUAUAUCAUUUGACAAUUAAAAACUAAUUAAGUUG